GGCGGCCUGUCGAGGGCGGCGGCCGGGCGGGGAUGUCGUCGGUGUCGGAGCGUCCGCAGGUGGUGGCCCACGCGCAGCAGGCGCUGAGCUACACCCUGUUUGACUGCAAGUGGGUGCCCCGCAGCGCUCGUCUCCUCUGCCUGGGCAGCGCCGCCCGCGGCACCGGCAUCCUCCAGCUCUACGAGCUGCGGGGCGGGCGCCUGGCGCUGCUGCGGGAGAUUGAAAAACCUAAACCUCUAAAAUGUGGAACUUUUGGUGCUACAUCUCUGCAGCAAAGAUACUUAGCUACAGGAGAUUUUGGUGGAAACCUUAACAUCUGGAAUUUAGAAGCUCCUGAAAUACCAGUGUAUUCUGUGAAAGGUCAUAAGGAAAUCAUAAACAGUAUAGAUGGUGUAGGUGGCUUAGGAAUUGGGGAAGGUGCGCCAGAAAUUGUGACUGGCAGUCGAGAUGGAACUGUGAAGGUGUGGGACCCGAGGCAGAAGGAUACUCCUGUUGCUAACAUGGAGCCUGCAGAGGGCGAGAGCAAAAGAGACUGCUGGACAGUAGCGUUUGGCAAUGCUUACAACCAGGAGGAGCGUGUUGUGUGUGCUGGGUAUGACAAUGGGGAUAUCAAAUUGUUUGACUUAAAAACCAUGUCGCUGCGAUGGGAGACCAGCAUCAAGAAUGGGGUUUGCAGUGUGGAGUUUGACAGAAAAGAUGUCAAUAUGAACAAGCUGGUGGCCACAUCACUUGAGGGAAAAUUUCAUGUUUUUGAUAUGAGAACUCAGCAUCCAACCAAAGGUUUUGCUUCUGUUUCAGAGAAGGCACAGAAGUCCACCAUAUGGCAGGUUCGGCACCUGCCGCAGAACAGGGACAUCUUCAUGACCAGCGGAGGAGCUGGGAGCCUUCAUCUCUGGAAAUACGAGUACCCAGCUCAGCGCUCGAGGAAGGACUCUGAAGGAGCUGAGAUGGGGGUGGCAGGUUCUGUCAGUCUCCUGCAGAACGUGACUCUCUCAACGCAGCCCAUCUCGAGCCUAGACUGGAGCCCUGACAAAAAAGGACUGUGUGUUUGUGGUGCCUUUGACCAAACUGUGAGGGUGCUGAUAGUUACAAAGCUUAACAAAGUUUGAUGGGAGAGCAGUAUGGUCUGCAGGCUGUAAAUAGGGGAGGGAGAGCCCUCCUUUUUCUAAAUUAAUUCCUCUCAUUAAAACUGGAUUAAAGACGUAGAAACCAGAUCUUUCUAUUGAAAGUUCAGAUACAUGCUGUUAGAGUUGUUUGAUUGUGCUGCAGUGACUUGAAGUUGCCUGGGCACAAGACUUUCACCUUCUAGAAAUGUGAAUUUAGAGUCACAGUAACAUGUGCCUUUGUGUUAGAGCAGCCUGUGAUUUUAGCAAUCACUUUACAUUAUUUGUGUUCAGUUUCAUUACAGUGCAAAUCUCUUCACCCUCAUUAAAUAGUUUGUUUUUUUCACAUGGAGUACUGUCCAUCCACACCCAUGCAAUGGGGACUGCUUUAUGCUCAUUCCCUCACAGAAACUCUGUGUGUUGCUGGGUAUGUUAAUGAGAAUGUUUGUUAA